AUGUCGGAGGUGACCCGAAGUCUGCUGCAGCGCUGGGGUGCCAGCUUUAGGAGAGGCUCCAACUUCGACUCUUGGGGCCAGCUGGUGGAGGCGAUAGAGGAGUAUCAGAUAUUAGCAAGACACCUACAAAAAGAGGCCCAAGCUCAGCACAGUAAUUCUGAAUUCACCGAAGAACAAAAGAGAACCAUGGGCAAAAUGGCAACAUGUUUGGAAUUACGAAGUGCAGCUUUACAAUCCACACGGUCCCAAGAAGAAUUUAAACUGGAGGGUCUGAGGAAGCUAGAACCAAUCCUAAAGAAUAUUCUUACAUAUAAUAAAGAAUUCCCAUUUGAUGUUCAGCCUGUCCCCUUAAGAAGAAUUUUAGCACCUGGUGAAGAAGAGAAUUUGGAAUUUGAAGAAGAUGAAGAAGAGGGUGGUGCUAGAGCACGGUCUCCUGAUGCCUUUCCUGCUAGAGUUCCCCAUACUUUAUUACCAAGGUUGCCAUCAGAACAAGGAGUGACGUUACUCACUAUCAGAAUUGAGAAAAUUGGCCUGAAAGAUGCUGGGCAAUGCAUUGAUCCCUAUAUCACAGUUAGUGUAAAAGAUCUGAAUGGCAUAGAUGUAACUCCUGUGCAAGAUACUCUGGUGGCUUCAAGAGAAGAAGAUAUGUAUGUUCAUUUUAAUGUGGACAUGGAGCUCCAGAAGCAUGUUGAAAAAUUAACCAAAGGUGCAGCUAUUUUCUUUGAAUUCAAACACUACAAGCCUAAAAAAAGGUUUACCAGCACCAAGUGUUUUGCUUUCAUGGAGAUGGAUGAAAUUAAACCUGGGCCAAUUGUAAUAGAACUAUACAAGAAACCCACUGACUUUAAAAGAAAGAAAUUGCAAUUGCUGACCAAGAAACCACUUUAUCUUCAUCUGCAUCAAACUUUGCACAAGGAAUGAUCGUGACAUGAAUACCCUGGAACUUCUGUGAAUCUUACCACUCAGUAGAAACCAUCCUAGCUCUGUGUAGCCUAUUCACCUUUCAACAGGCAGGAAGCAAGCCGUACCCAGGCCAGCAGGCCAGAGUGAGUCCAUUACAAAGCUGUAGCACAGAAUUCAAAGUCCAGCACGUCACUGAUGUAAAAGACUCCUUUGGAUACAGGCUUAUUGUAGAUCUUGAAACGUUUUCACUUUUCUAUUAAUUGUGCAAUGAAUAGCCUCUUUUCUAAUUUGCCACUACCCCUGCCCUGCUUCCUGGAACGACACUGUUGUGGGUGGAAUGUGCUCACCUUCACACUUAAUACAGCAAUAAGAGUGUGCUAGAGUUUGCACACCUGUCCACUUCUGCUCCAACAUGCUCUUCAGUUUUUCGAGUUAAUGUCAGACUUUGGGUUGAUGUGGGUAGGAUAGUAUGAAACUGCCUCUGAGAGGAAUUGGACCAGUUAUGCUGCCCAAGGUCAGUCUGGAAAUUUAUAGGCUGCUCCUUGGAGACGGCCUUGAU